AUGGAUUAUGCAUAUAGAGUUUUUCGAAAUGUCAAAUAUUUUUAUAAUUCAAUAAAUCCGGCGACACUUUCGGGAGCAAUUGAUGUUGUGGUUGUUGAACAGCCAAAUGGAGAAUAUAAAUCAACACCAUUUCAUGUCAGAUUCGGAAAAUAUGGAGUUUUCAAUUAUUCCGAUAAGGUUAGCUUUUUGAAAUUUUCACUGAAAAAAAAAUUGAAAUACAACUUCACGCUGUGAAUGUUGAGAUUCUAGAAAUAUCAACUAAAACAUCGAAUUUUUCUAGUAUGUCGACAUCGCAGUAAACGGAGAAGAAAUCGAUUUGAAAAUGAAACUAGCAGAUUCGGGUGUCGCAUUUUUUGUCGAAGAAGCUGAUGAACAAGUUCCAGAUUAUCUUCUGACUUCUCCUUUACCCGAACCUGAUAUUCCAUUAGCAAGUGGUUCCGCAGAUGUUACCGAUAAAGUUCUAGCUGAAAGUGCACGAAAACUUACAGAAGGUGACACGAUUUGUGAUGAUUUGGCGAAAAGUAGAUCAUCAAGUCCAGAUGGUGGAAAAACAACAGCAAGAGAACCAAAACAUGAGUGAGUUGUUUUUAAUUAAAAUAUCUGAUAUUCAAUUCAAUCUUGCAGACAAUCGUUGAGUCAAGUUCAAAGAAAACAGAAUCUACCGUUUUCUUCAUCUGUAUUCAGUGAUCGAAAAUAUCGAAGUUUGCCAGAUUUGACAGUUUUAGCAGAUGAAGCAUUAUCAGAAAAUGAAGAAGAAGUAAAAACAAAGAAAAGAUCAAAAGAUAAUGAAGAUUCUUCAACAAAAAGACAUCGACAAUUUGUGCAUUCACAUUCACAAGCAUCGCCAAUGGAUCGAGAUCGAAGAAAACAAUGGCAUAAAUCAAACGAUGAAAUAUUGAGAGCACUUUCGAAAGAAACUGAAAAGAAAAGAGCUCCACUUCGAAAGAAGAGUCGAGUGACAUUUGAAUCACCAAUUGUUUCACCAUCAAAACCAAUUGAUAUUCGAACAUACAAUGAUUCAGAUUCAGAACUUGAUUCAUCAUCAGAUUCACCAUCUCCAUCACUUCCUGAUAAUGUUGAUCAUAUUGCUGAUGGAGCUUUGUCUGAUUCAGAAGUUGAUCGACAAAGACAUACACCAGAACCACAUGAUGUGACAGAUUGGAAAUGGGGAGAAUUACCAGAAACUCGAGAAUUGAACAAACGAAAAAUGGAACAAAGUGAAAAAGAAAAUAAGAACAAGAAACAGGCAUCAAGUUGGGGAUGGUGGUGGGGAUCAUCAAAUACAACAACACCUAAAAAAGGGCAAAACGAAGAAGGUAUAAGUCUUGAUGAUUUAUUAAACAAAGCUUCGAGUGAUCCGGUUAAUAUUGUAAAGUAUCUUGGAAAACCACCCAGUGUGUAAGUUUUUUUUUUAAUUUUUACAAAAAAUAAAAUAAAAGUUUUCAAUAUUUUCAGAACAUCGGUUGAUAGUGGUCAUGUUUCACGUGGUCCUUCACAACCAUCUUCUCCAGUUUUACCAGUUGGCGAAGAAUAUGAUGAGAAAACUCCAACCAGAGAAUCACUUCCAUCAAAUCUUUUCAAUGAACGAAAUCAAGCUGGUGGAGCAUCGACAAGUCGAAUUUCCAGUGAAGAUAUUUUCCCAUUGAGUGAUGAUGAAAUGGAUACUCCAUCAAGUUCUCAAGCACAAAUUCAACAACAACAACAAUAUAUGCAAUCACUUCGAUUGUCAUCAGAAAAGUUGAAAUCACUUGGAUUGGUUCAUGGUGCAAACGAAUUGCGUUUCUCAAUCACAACCAAAUUUCAAGGAACCACUUGGUGCAGUUGUAAUAUUUAUUUAUAUAAAUGGUAUGAACAAUUGGUUAUUAGUGAUAUUGAUGGAACAAUUACAAAAAGUGAUGUUUUGGGACACGUUAUACCAGCAAUUGGUGGAACAUGGGCUCAUGCUGGAGUUGCUGAAUUGUAUACUCGUAUCAAAAAUAAUGGAUAUAAAAUGGUAUAUUUAUCAUCAAGAGCAAUUGGACAAAGUCAUACAACAAAACAAUAUUUGAAAAGUGUUGCUCAAGAUUCGAAACAAUUGCCUGAUGGACCUGUUUUAUUAUCACCAACAAGUAUUAUUACUGCUUUCAGAAAGUAAGUUUGAUCGGAAAUUUCAUGAAAAAAAGAACUAUAAAAAUGUUUCUUCAGGGAAGUUAUCGAACGCCGACCGGAAGAGUUCAAAAUUGCUGCUCUAACAGAUCUCAAACAACUUUUCCCAACUUCUAAUCCAUACUAUGCUGGAUUCGGAAACCGUGAAACAGAUGUGAUUUCUUAUCGUGCUGUUAGUGUUCCAGCAGCCAGAAUUCUUAUUAUCGAUCCAUCUGGAAGAGUUAGAAGAUCCGAUUCUGUUGGUUUAGUCAGCAGUUAUACAACAAUGGCAAAUGAUACAGCUGAUUAUUUAUUCCCACCUCUAUCUAUUCAGUAAGUUUUUAGUUUUUUAUUCAGAGUACGAUGGUUUUUUUUUCGAAAUUCCUAACAUUUUCGUAUUUUCUUUCAGCGUCAAAGAUGAUCAUCGAAGAACUGAAAGACUUUCAUCGGCUUGGAGUAAACCACUUGAACACAGGUUUGUUCUUUGUUCUUUUUUCGAUAGGAAAUUUGAGAGUCUAACAGUUGUUAUUUUGUUUUGUCUGAAACAAAAUUAUAGCUUCUUGGAGAAGUUUUGAACAGGGGCCUUCUUUGUUUUUCUAAAUAUCUCUUUCACAUUAUUUUAGCGAUUUCACUCAUUGGUCUGGAAAUCAUCAAAACAGUCCAUUUGAUGUUGAUGAUGAUGAAUUGAAAGCCUACGAAGAGCAGAGAAAACUUUCGAUUCAAAAAUCCAAAAAAUAA